AUGAAGGUCACAAUGAUCUUGCUUGGACUGUUUGGACUCUUCAUAGCUCCUGGUUUGGCUGACUAUAAUAUCAAUGUCAAUGACGACAACAAUGUGUCUGGAAGUGGGCAGCAGAGAGUGAGCAUCAACAAUGCACACAAUGUGGCCAACAUUGACAACAACAAUGGAUGGGAUUCCUGGAACACCAUCUGGGAUUAUGAAAAUAGCUUUGCUGCAACCAGACUCUUUGCCAAGAAGUCAUGCAUUGUGCACAGAAUGAACAAAGAAGUGAUGCCCUCCAUUCAAACUCUUGAUGCACUGGUCAAGGAGAAAAAGCUUCAAGGUAAAGGGCCAGGGGGGCCACCUCCCAAGACCAUGACCUUCUCUAUUAACCCUCACAAAGUUGAUGACCUGAGCCAGUUUGGAACAAACAUUGCUGGCAUGUGCCAAGGGAUGCCAACAUACCUUGCUGAGGAGAUUCCAGGUGGGUCUUCUUCCUACUACACUGAAAAGUGCAACAAUCUUAAUGUAAUCUGGAUUCUGAAUAUAUCCUUCUGUCGAACAACGGAGGAACAAUUUUAA